AUGAAACAAUACGGACUCUUCUGUCUGUUAAUACUCUUUAUCCUUGGAUUCAAUGCACAAGAUCCUACGACCACUUUAUCACCUGAUUGGAAUGGUGAUCCAAGUGUAUGUACACACGAUCCAUCAACUCCAAGCACAAAUGAUAAGCCUCUACCUAAAUUUCCAAACAAAGCAGAAUUUGCACUUGAAAGCGUAGAAGUAAGACAUCUUCUUAAUAUAACAUUGCGUAGUGAAUCAACUAUAUAUCAAUAUAUAUAUAAUUAUGAUGCGAAUUCAUUGAUUGUAAGUAAAAAUCAAAAUGGUUUUAUCAGUGUUGAACAUAGUUAUUAUAAUAUAUUAAAAAAAUCAACUUAUUAUGGAGGAGAAGUUUGUUUAGUAACUGAUAUUUCAACAAACAAGGAUAUGGAUGGUGCAUCGGCUAUUCAAUUGCAAGAUAUUGGUUGGCAUAUUCGUCCAUUAAAUGAAUUUCUUCAAUUUUCUAGCAAUGAUCCACAACGACCAAUUAUUCGACCAAAAUUUCUCGGACAAGAUGUCAUACGCGGAAUUCCAGUUGAUAAAUGGCAGACUUGUUAUGUCGAUAAAGUAAACUAUCGAACAGUGCGACGUAUAUGGCAUUUUGCUCAACAAAAUUAUUCAACGGCAACUGGUCCUGUUGGUGAAUAUGCUGUUCCAAUUCAAGCAUUAGUUAUUGGCUCAUUUCAUGCACCAAAUGGCACACGAAUUAUUGAAUUUGAUCAAGUAUUUAAUGUUCAUGGGUAUCGACAUGGUAUUAUGGGAGAAAACGAUGCAUUAUCACCACCAAAAGGUGUUUUUUGUAACCGUGAUCAAGGUCAAAACUUAAUAUCACUUAAAGACGCUGGUAUUAGUUGGCCAGAUCAUUUUAGUGUUCGUGUACAAUUUUUAACAUCACGUACGGCACAAUGGGGAAGCUUUCAUUUAUAUUAUGAUCAAAGUCGCGCUGAUAAUUCAAGACGUUUACGUUAUGAUUAUAUCCCAUUUGGUACGGAAGAUUUUAUAUCAGUUAUUCACGAGUAUAAUGAUAAUUUAACUUAUGUUAUUGACCGUCGUAUCGGUACAUGUCGAAUUAGUCGUGGUGUAGAUAUUCCAGAUGUUGUUCCUUUUUAUGAUCCCGUUCGAUUUUUUAUUAAAAAUGAAGCAAAGUUUAUAUUCAAUCCACCUCAAAAGGCUUGGGAAUACAAUGGAGUGCGGUCAUGCCGUGAUAAUACUAUUAAUUGUACAAUAUUAACAACACCAAUUAAUAAUUUUCCUGCUAUGGUUGAAUUAGAUAUAGGUUUCCCAACAGAUGAAACAUGGGCUUAUACUAAUGUCGAAUAUGGUUGGUCAAUGCGUGCACCAUACAGUCGUCCACCACCUGGUGCACCAAAACUAUUCGAUUAUCCAGUGAGUUUAUAUUUAAGAAUGUAUCAAUAUCGAAAUCCAUCGAUUGCACCGCCAUUUAAUGUUCUUACAGAAGAUAUUGAAUAUGAAUUUUAUGAAAUGUCUCAUGACUUGAAAUCAUCUGAUUUCGAUACAACUUUGGGUUUACGCUAA